CUCCUUCAACUCUUACGGAGCCUAGCUUGAGGUAACAGCACCCUGGUCUUCUGGCUUUUCCCCCUCGUCAGAUAUUUGCCUCGUCUAAACAUGUCCAAGGUUCUUCAUCCCACCAGGGAUCCCACAAAGAUGGGCCUAGGAAAGUCCAUUGCUGUGCUGACUUCAGGUGGAGAUGCCCAAGGUAUGAAUGCUGCAGUCAGAGCAACAGUCAGAGUCGGUCUUUACACCGGAGCUAAAGUCUACUUUGUUCAUGAGGGGUACCAGGGUCUUGUGGAUGGAGGAGAAAAUAUCUGCUCGGCCUCUUGGGAGAGUGUUUCUAUGAUGCUGCAGCUGGGUGGCACUGUCAUCGGCAGCGCUCGCUGCAAAGACUUCCGAACCAGGGAGGGUCGCAUGAAAGCAGCCUGCAACCUGGUGAAGCUGGGCAUUACCAAUCUGUGUGUGAUUGGAGGAGACGGCAGUCUGACAGGAGCCAAUGAGUUCAGGACGGAAUGGAGCGGCCUGCUGGCUGACCUUGUCCGAGCUGGUAAAAUAUCAGCAGAAGAAGCCAAGAAAUCUUCCCACCUGAACAUUGUCGGCAUGGUUGGUUCUAUAGACAAUGACUUUUGUGGUACUGACAUGACCAUUGGCACUGACUCCGCCCUUCAUCGCAUCAUUGAGGUGGUCGAUGCUAUCACCACAACUGCACAAAGCCACCAGAGAACAUUCAUCCUGGAAGUGAUGGGCAGACACUGUGGUUACCUGGCUCUUGUAUCAGCUCUGGCCUGUGGUGCAGACUGGGUUUUCAUUCCGGAGAUGCCUCCCGAUGAGGGCUGGGAGGACCAUUUGUGCAGGAGGCUGAUGGAUCAAAGGAGUCGAGGUUCUCGUUUGAAUGUGAUCAUCGUCGCUGAGGGGGCCAUUUCUAGAGAUGGCAAACCCAUCACUUCUGACCAAAUCAAAAAGUUGGUGACAGACAGGCUUGGCUUCGACACGCGUACAACUGUUCUUGGACAUGUACAGAGAGGUGGAACACCCUCUGCCUUUGACAGAAUCUUGGGCAGCAGGAUGGGAGUAGAGGCAGUGAUGGCCUUGCUGGAGGCCACUCCAGACACUCCUGCCUGUGUGGUCAGCCUGUCUGGAAACCAAGCAGUCAGAUUACCUCUUAUGGAGUGUGUGCAAGUGACAAAAGACGUGACGGCCGCCAUGGCUCAAGGCAAAUUUGAAGACGCCAUCAAGCUCAGAGGGAGGAGUUUUGAGAAUAACUGGAACACAUACAAGCUUCUGGCUCACAUAAAUCCCCCAGAUGUCAAGAGCAACAUCAAUGUGGCGGUUAUGAACAUUGGAGCUCCCUGCGCUGGCAUGAACGCUGCGGUCCGCUCAGCUGUGAAGAUGGGAAUCAUCCAGGGUCACUCCAUGCUAGCUGUCCAUGAUGGUUUUGAUGGACUGGCACAUGGACAGAUUGAACCUAUCACAUGGACUUCAGUGUCCGGCUGGACUGGGAUGGGCGGUUCAAUGCUUGGCACUAAAAGAACUCUUCCAGGAAAAAUGAUGGAAGAAGUCAGCCUGAACAUUGCUAAAUACAACAUUCAUGCUUUGGUGAUCAUUGGUGGAUUUGAAGCCUAUGUUGGAGGCCUGGAGUUGGUUCAGGCAAGAGAGAAAUACGAGGAGGUGUGUAUUCCCAUCGUGGUCAUCCCUGCUACGGUCUCCAACAACGUCCCAGGAUCCGACUUCAGCAUCGGCGCUGACACUGCCCUCAACACCAUAACAUCUACAUGUGACAGAAUCAAGCAGUCUGCGGCUGGUACAAAGCGCAGAGUCUUCAUCGUUGAGACGAUGGGUGGAUAUUGUGGUUACUUGGCCACCAUGGCAGGUCUGGCCGCAGGGGCUGAUGCUGCCUACAUCUUUGAGGAGAAAUUUACCAUCAGAGAUCUGGAGGCAAAUGUGGAGCAUCUUUUGGAAAAGAUGAAGACGACUGUAAAGAGAGGACUGAUUCUCAGGAAUGAAAACUGCAAUUCCAACUACACGACUGACUUCAUCUUCAGCCUUUACUCAGAGGAAGGCAAAGGCGUCUUUGACUGCCGUAAAAAUGUCCUGGGACACAUGCAGCAGGGUGGUACUCCAACACCCUUCGACAGGAACUUUGCCACAAAGAUGGGUGCCAAGUCUGUUUUAUGGUUGACUGAGAAGCUCAAGGAGUGCUACAGGCAUGGUCGUAUCUUUGCCAACACACCAGACUCCGCCUGUGUUUUGGGCAUGAGGAAGAGGGCUCUCAACUUCCAGCCUCUUGCUGACCUAAAAGCAGACACAGAUUUUGAGCACCGGAUCCCAAAGACACAGUGGUGGCUAAAAAUCAGACCCAUCAUGAAGAUCCUAGCCAAAUAUGACAUCAAACUGGACACAUCUGAACAUGCUAACUUGGAGCACGUGGUCAACAAGACGGGUUCUUUGAAGAAAUAGAGCCCAUAGCUGAGCAAAACCUCUCCAUAUAAAUGAUAAAAGUAUCUAAAACACUCUUUUCUUGUGCUGUCACUCUUUUCCAUCCAGUAGAAUUAGCAAAAUAAUUAUCAAAAACAGGACCAACUGGCAGGAAAAAAGUAAUGAAAUAUUAAUUAGGAAAAUACUGUUUGCUGUCAAUAAAUUUGGUUAUUAUGUGU